UUAGGACCAGAGAACCUCCUGCUUCGAGGAGCAAGAUUAAAAAACACCAAAGAAAUCUUUGGUGUGGCGGUAUAUACGGGCAUGGAGUCCAAGAUGGCUCUGAACUACAAGUGCAAAUCCCAGAAACGCUCUGCAGUAGAGAAAUCCAUGAAUACAUUUCUCAUCAUUUACUUGGGCAUUCUGCUGUUUGAAGCCAUCCUCAGCACCAUUUUGAAGUAUGCCUGGCAGGCAGAGAACAAGUGGGACGAGCCGUUUUACAAUCAGAAGACCGAUCAGGAGAGAAACAGCAGUCAGAUUUUGAAGUUUAUUUCUGACUUCCUGGCUUUCCUGGUGUUGUACAACUUCAUAAUCCCCAUCUC